CCUGACUCAGGUAGAUAUUUUUCACUUGAGUCUCUCUCUCACACUCACACAUUCACCAUGAAGCUACGUUUCCUGCUCAGUGUGUCGGUUCUCGUCUGUUUGGUCGCUCUCACGGCAGCAGAUGACAGCAACACACCCAGACAGGCGAACUGUGAGAAGUAUGUGACUGAUGCGUGUACACGUGAACUGAUGGAAGUGUGCGCCGAUGACGGGAAUACGUACGGAAAUGAGUGUACGCUGUGUGUGGCAAGCAGGCAGCAAAACAAGAAUCUGACGGUGGUGAAAAUGGGAAGGUGUGACUCUGUGUAGUGUCACUCAAUGACAUCAUCAACAUCCCUCUAUUCUAACUUUACUAGGACUUUAUUUACAGACACAGCGAAUGAGGGCCAUGAGCAAGUGCCUCGAGUUACAGAGCCACAAACAAUACAACUAAACAUCCAUCAGUGUAGGACACAAUUUUAAUCUUUAUUUUAUUUUACAUGCACAGCAUCUACUGUAUGCACGAAUGCUAGUGCACAUUAAAGUGAUUGUGACUAAAGAAUGAAAUAUUCACAGAAUUACAUAUUGCUGAAAACAGAUUCAUAAAACCUCGUGUGUGAUAUAAGAUUCUGUAAUAACUUUCUGUUUUCUAGUAAACUUACAAUAAGACACAAGAGAUAAAAUCCCUUCUCAAGAAAAUGACAUGUUGUUUUCCCCUUUUUGUUGUUUUGGUGUAAUAUUUAGAGUUAAAAUAAAUCUAUGAAUAAAAUGUUGAAUAAAUCUUUCCUUUUCACAUGCAAAACAUGUUGAAUAAAUGUGAUAUAAACGUA